AUGCUGAUGACCAUGCUGCUGGUUCCUGUCUGUGUGCUACUGAUGCUUGGGGGUCAUGCUCUUGCUGGAGGCUAUCCCCCCAUAACCCACAUGAAGUACAUGCAGCCUAUGAUGAAAGGACCCGUUGGACCGCCAUUUCGAGAGGGAAAGGGACAUUAUGUUGAUAUGCCACCCAUGAUGAAGGGGGAAUCAGGCCCUCAAGGAAAGCCUGGACCAAGAGGACCCCCUGGGCCACCAGGACUUCCAGGAAAACCUGGACUAGGAAAUCCAGGUCUUAAUGGACAGCCAGGUCCUCAGGGGCCUCCUGGCCUCACAGGAAUUGGUAAGCCUGGACUUCCAGGUCUUCCAGGAAAAAUUGGACCAAAGGGGAUUCCAGGACUUAACGGCGAGGUUGGGCCUCGUGGUGAGGCAGGCUCCCGUGGACCUCCUGGGCCACCUGGCCUCCCUGGCCCAGCUGGUUUAUCUCUAAAUGGAAAGCCUGGACUUCCAGGUGUCAGAGGUACCCCUGGGACUCGUGGUGAACCAGGAAUAAAAGGCAUUCCUGGCACACCAGGAGAACGUGGACUUAAAGGUGAAAAUGGAAAUGGAAAACCCGGGCCUACAGGUUUAAGAGGUCCUCCAGGUUUGAAAGGCAGUACAGGACCCCCUGGUUUAUCAGGCAUUGGUAAACCAGGACUGAAGGGUUUGCCUGGACCACCUGGUCUUAAAGGUGAUCAAGGAAUACCGGGAGAUCUAGGAGAACCAGGAGAACCAGGGCCACAAGGUUUACAAGGUUUGCCAGGACCAACUGGGAUAGGCAAACCUGGUCUCGAUGGACUUCCAGGAUUACCAGGUCCAGUGGGUCCAAAAGGUGAAUCAGGGCUCCGGGGAAAUCCUGGAAUGCCUGGGACACCAGGCUAUGGAAAACCUGGUCAGACUGGGCCUCAAGGAGAAAAAGGUCACAGUGGCGUUCCUGGUCUCCCAGGGGACAAAGGAGAAAAAGGACUGAUGGGCCCAGGUGGGCCACAAGGUCUUGAUGGACUACCAGGACCGCCAGGUAUUCAAGGUCCAAAAGGGCUCCCAGGAAACCAUGGAAUGCCAGGGCUGAAAGGAGAUAUAGGACCCCAGGGACCCCCAGGAUUACCUGGAUUUCAAGGGGACCAAGGACCCAGUGGUAUCCCUGGUAAACCUGGUACCCCUGGUGAAAAAGGCAUUCCUGGACCUAAUGGUCCAAUUGGAAAGCCUGGUCCCAAAGGUGAGCCAGGAUUUAUUGGCCAGCCUGGCAAUCCAGGGCUGACCGGUGGUCCAGGACCUAAAGGGGAGGCUGGCUUCAUGGGAACCCCAGGCCCCAGGGGUCAGUCAGGCAUUCCUGGUCUCCAGGGGCCCAUGGGUCCUAUGGGCCCACAGGGUGUCCCUGGAACAAGGGGUGAACCUGGACUUCCAGGGCCUUCAGGGCUGGGGAAAGUGGGUGAGAAGGGAGGUAUGGGUCCCCAAGGUCCUCCAGGGAAACCAGGGCCUGCUGGGCUUAAUGGACACCCUGGCCUGCCUGGUCCUCCAGGACCUCCUGGUCCUCCAGGAAACGGUCAAACUGUUGUUGCGGGGCCCACGGAUACAGGGCUAGGUGGGGAGGAAAUACCAGGCAGGAAGCCUGCAUUCACUCAAGUCCCACUCUCUGCCUCUCUGGCUCCAGCCUUCACAGCCAUCCUCAGCACCCCGUUCCCUCCCUCCGGUAUGCCGAUCAAAUUCGACAGGACUCUAUACAACGGGCAAAAUGCAUACAGCUCUUCCACUGGCAUGUUCACAGCUCCUGUGUCAGGCGUCUACUACUUCGCUUACCACAUGCACGUAAAGGGAACCAGCUUGUGGGUGGCUUUAUACAAGAACAAUGUACCUGCCACGUAUACCUAUGAUGAAUACAAGAAAGGCUACAUGGAUCAAGCAUCAGGUAGUGCUGUCCUAGAGCUGAAGGAAGGUGACGAGGUAUGGGUCCAAAUGCCCUCAGAUCAAGCAAACGGCCUUUAUUCUACCGAAUACAUCCACUCCUCUUUUUCAGGAUUCCUGCUUUGUCCCACAUAACAUUAUCCUGUCCUUAAAGCGUAUUCUUGCAAUAGUGCAUCAGAGCUGCCCCUAAACCUAAUGUAACUGCAGCCAUAAAAGAAACACAAAACCAGUAACUUUUUCCGAUCAUUAUCAUCGACCCAUCUUUCUCACCAUCAACAAUAUCAUCAAAAAGAAAAGAACAACUUUGUGAAUAAAAUAUGAAACGUUUUAA